AUUGAAGGUAGACUACUGAAAAGUGAAAGUAGUUAACCUUUGCCUUUCAUUUUUUGUUCUACUUUAUUUGCUCCAAGCUAAUUGUAUUAAAGCGAGCAUAUCCACCAUGCAGAACGUCACGGUUCUCUUCGCGCUCUUCAUGCUCGCGAGAAUCUGUUUCCCUGCGACAGCAAAUAAGAUCGCUUUUUUUAAUACAGUAAGAAAUAUCAGAAGUAUUAGUGGAAUGUCAAAGUUUGAUCUCCCCGAUCGCCUGAAGGGCAGUGAAAAAUCUGUCUGGGUGGAGUAUAUUCAGCUUGCUUUGCAGUACAAACCGCUGAACUUGGGUCAGGGAUUUCCAGACUAUUAUGCACCAGAGAAUGUAACUAACGCUUUGGCUGCUAUUGCCAAGAGUGACAAUCCACUUUUGCAACAGUAUACCAGAGGAUUUGGUCAUCCAAGAUUAGUUAAUGCAAUUGCAAAAUUGUACUCCAAGCUGAUUAAUCGUGACUUGAAUCCAAACAAGGAAGUGUUGGUCACUGCUGGUGCUUACGAAGCAUUAUAUGCCACGCUACAAGGUCAUACAAAUCCUGGAGAUGAGUGGAUCAUCAUCGAACCUUUCUUUGACUGUUACGUACCCAUGGUACAGAGCGCCAGAGGAAUUCCUAGAUACAUAGCAUUAAAACCAAAGUCUACAUCGGGUACAGUCACUUCUGGUGAUUGGGUAUUUGAUAGGAAAGAACUAGAAAACCUUUUCAAUGAGAAAACUAAAGGUAUCAUUAUCAACACACCACACAAUCCGACAGGGAAAGUGUUAACACUAGAUGAACUGCAGUUUAUUGCUAAUCUCGCGAAAAAAUGGAACACUUUAGUGAUAUCCGACGAGGUUUACGAACAUAUAGUUUAUGAGCCGUAUAAGCACAUAAGAAUUGCAACAUUACCUGAUAUGUAUGAACGCACGAUUACAAUUGGAUCUGCGGGCAAAACGUUCAGCGUUACAGGCUGGAAAAUAGGAUGGGCUUAUGGGCCGGAGAAUUUGCUAUUUAAUCUGCAAGUGGUGCAUCAAAACAGUGUAUAUACCUGCAGUACACCGAUUCAGGAAGCAGUGGCUAUUGGAUUCGAAUUGGAAAUGGAACGUUUUGACCAACCAGAGUGCUAUUUCCGCAGUCUGGCACAGGAGCUAUUACCGAAACGAGAUUUCAUGGCAAAAUUCCUCCGAGAAGUUGGUAUGGUGCCGACGAUACCCGAAGGUGGAUAUUUUAUGCUCGCCAACUGGUCUGCGUUGGAGAACAAAGUGAGACUGCAAGAAGAGAUAGACGAGAACAAAGACUACCGAUUUACCAAGUGGAUGACGAAGAACGUCGGUCUUCAAGGUAUUCCCCCCUCAGCAUUUUACGGUCCUGAACACAAACAUCUGGUAGAGGAUUACGUGCGGUACUGCUUCAUAAAGAAAGACGAAAAUUUGAAGGCUGCUGCCGAUAUCUUGAAGAAAUGGGCGGUCCAAUAAUUGAAAUUAUGUAUAUAUAUAAAUUUUCUGAUGAUAUGUGCUUUAUGUUCCGCAUUGAUUUGACAAAUGGCUUUUUAUAUAUCAUACUUUUACGAGAAUUUUAUUUGACGUAAUUAGGAAAGUGUCGUGGCAAUUUUUACGUGUCAUUUUUCUGUAAAUACUUUUACAAGUGCUUUUUUUAUUAUGCAUUUUCGUGAUUUCCGAUUCGUGGUGAUACUCUCGAUUUGUGAUACUCUCGAUUAGUGAUACUCUCGAUUAUUAUUCGAUCGAUAUUGGACAACAUUGUUAGAAUUAUAGCGGAAUUUUAUUGAAGUUGUUUUUUGUGUCAGCUCCAGAUGUUUUAUCGUAUCCACGAAGUAAAGAUGUUGCUAAAAAAAG